AUGAUCGUGGUUCUUCAGUUCAUGGCAUUCUGUCUGGCACUUGUGUCCACCGUCUUCCUUGUUGUGGCUACUUGGACUGACUGUUGGAUGGUCAAUGCAGAUGAUGAUCUAGAGGUCAGUCAGAAGUGCAGAGGCCUGUGGUGGGAGUGUGUGACCAAUACCCAGGAUGGAAUCCGUACAUGUGACCAGUAUGAGACUAUACUUGCAGAACAUCCGUUGAAGAUAGUGCUGACUCGUGCUCUGAUGAUCACAGCCGACAUCCUUGCCAGCUUUGCGCUCAUAAUCCUCGUGUUGGGCCUGGACGUCAUAAAGCUGCUCAAGGAGGAGCCGCAUAUCAAGCUCCGGAUAUGCUACUUUGCAGGUUUCAUAUUUGGUUUAGGAGGUAUUCCAGGAAUGAUUGGCUCUGUGUGGUAUGCUGUGGAUGUAUAUGUAGAGAGAGCCACACUUGUAUUGAAGAAUGUUUACUUAGGAAUGCAUUAUGAGUUUGGCUGGUCCUGUUGGCUCGGAAUGGCUGGUUCCACUGGAUGCUUCCUGACCUCCAUUGUGCUAACAUGCUGUCUGUACAUUUUUAGAGACUAG